AUGACUGUGUCAACCACAUUUUUUACUCUUGAAGAGGUUGCUGCAAACCACAGUUCUAAAUCACUCUGGGUCAUCAGAAACAACAAAGUGUAUGAUAUUACUCAUUUUAUAGAUGACCAUCCUGGCGGUGGUGAGAUUUUGUUACAGUUUGGAGGCAAAGACAUUACCCAAGCCAUGCAUGACCCAAACGAACACAUGCACUCCGAGUCUGCCUAUGAUGUGCUGGAAGACUUUUAUAUUGGCGAAGUUGUCCAAUCUCAAAGAACAAAAAAAUCCCUAGUUAAUGAUACUACUGCCUCCAACAAGUCUGUGGAUCCUUUUAUUGAUAUUCACAAGCCCAUGGUUUACCAAGUUUGGACCAGUAAUUGGUCCAAGAGCUAUUAUCUUAAAAUGGUUCAUAUUCCUCGCCACGCCAAGCACACUGCUCCCUUCUUUGGAAGUAAAUAUCUAGAGGUGUUUACCACCACUCCCUGGUGGCUUAUCCCUAUCUUUUGGGUUCCCAUUGCAUCAUACUGUAUGAUAGAUGCCUUAAGAACCCUGUCUCCAAAAGUCGGUCUUGCCUGCUUUAUAAUGGGCCUGCUUAAUUGGACUUUUAUCGAGUAUGGGUUGCAUCGCUUUUUGUUUCAUGUUGACGAGUAUUUGCCCGAUAAUCGGGUUGGCAUCACGAUGCAUUUUUUAAUGCACGGAGUCCAUCACUUUUUGCCCAUGGACAGAUGGCGUCUUGUCAUGCCUCCUGCUCUUGGCUUCGCCUUGGCAUACCCUAUAUGGUGGCUCUAUGUUUUGAGCUUCCCUGGAGGAUUUGGCCAAGGCAUGAUGUCUGGAUCCCUGAUUGGCUUUGUCAUUUACGAUUUGAUACAUUAUUACCUUCAUCACGGCGGUCAAUUCAUUUCUCAUCUCAAAGAAAUGAAAUCGUAUCAUAUGGACCAUCACUAUAAGGACCCUAAUCUCGGUUUUGGAAUCACUUCCAAGUUAUGGGACUACCUUUUUUCUACCACUCUCUAAAUCAUACUCGACCUUAUUUUUCAUUGAAUAUAUCAAAUAAAUAUAAUUUUGAUUAC